AUAUAAAUUGAUUUUUAAAAAGAGAAAAUUGUAAAAAAGGACCUUUUAAGUGGUCGACUUUUUGAAAAAGGACCUUUUAAGUGAAAACUUGUGAAAAAUGACCUUUUAAAUUGUAUUUUGUUUAUAUGGGGUGAGCUUGCAUGGUGGUCAGAGUUUCGGGGUUGACUAUCACGUAUUAGUCACAUAAUUAAAAAAAUUUCCCUAAAUUUCCCUCAUUUCUCGACCUAACCCUUUCAUAUAGUAUUCUCCCGGAGGUCGGGAAAGGGAAAAAAUUUGGGGAAUUUUUUAUUUUUUUUAAAAAAAAAGUCACGUGACUAACAUGUGAUAGUCAAUACCGGAGCUCCGGCGUUGACCAGCUUUCAAGCUCACCCAAGUACCCAUACAAACAAAAUACAACUUAAAAGGUCCUUUUUCAAAAGUUUUCACUUUAAAGGUUCUUUUUCAAAAAGUUGACCAUUUAAAAGGUCUUUUUUCACAAUUUUCUCUUUUAAAUAUCAAUUAAGUGAGAAUAUAAAAAAUCUAAUGUUUGGAAAAAAUAAAAUAAAACUACUUGUUUAUACUUAGCAUAUUAAUGUAUUGUUCUUUGCAUACUAAAAAGAAUAUUCAAAUGCCCUUUUUUAGGUCAGUAUUUUUUUUUUUUUUUUUGAGUGUAUCAAAGUUAGUAAUUUUUUACAUGGUUUAACCAACAUGUGUUAGGUGGUAAAUUGAAAUUAGGAGAUGACACUGGAUAAAGAAUGGAUGAAACUAACUGACCGUGGUUCAACUGGAUAUCUGAAAGGAAUAGAUGGCUUUCUAGACUUUGCAUUUACUAAUACUAAUGCUAAUGAGCGUUGCAGAAAUGGCACUGCAAUUAAAUGUCCAUGUUGCAGAUGCGCUAACGUGCAUUUCAAAACUAGAACUGAAGUUUGAGUUGAUUUGCUAAAAAAUGGCUUUUUGCCAUGCUACACUGUAUGGGAUAAACAUGGUGAAAGACAUGGUGACAUGAUCCUUGAAAGUGAGAAUACUUUUAAUGAUGAUGAUGAUAUGCUCGACAUGUUACAAGUAGGAUGUGGGGUGGCUGGAAUGGGAUUGCUUAAGGAUAGUAAUAUUGACGAAGCUCAAGAACCCUCUAAAGAAGCAGCUAAAUUCUACCGCUUAUUAGAGGACUAUAAAGAGCCUUUGGUUGUAGAUGGGAAAAAAGUGUCAAAGUUAGUUUACAUAAUGAAAUUGUUACAUCUUAAGUGCUUGAACCAUUGGACAGAUACCUCUUUUACUCAAUUAUUGAAAUUUCAAAAUGAAACAUUAGGUUUUGACCUGCCUAAUUUAUAUGAUGCAUGUCGCAAAAUUGUUAGUGAACUAGGCCUAGAUUAUGUCAAAAUUGAUGCAUGUCCAAAUGAUUGCAUAAUCUAUUGGCGUGAAAAUAGUGGGGCUCAAGAGUGUCCAAAAUGUAAAACUUCUAGGUGGAAGGCGAAGGGUAAAAAUGUACCAAAUAAGGUGUUACGUUAUUUCCCAGUUAAACCUAGACUGCAAAGGUUAUUUAUGUCAUCAAAGACUGCAAAAGAAAUGCGUUGGCACAAAGAGGAAAGAACUAAUGAUGAUACUAUGAGACAUCCAGCAGAUUCUCCAGCAUGGAAGUCAUUUGAUGAGGAACACAAGUCAUUUGCAGCUGACCCUAGAAGUGUUAGGCUUGGUUUAGCUGCUGAUGGUUUCCAACCUUUUAACAAUUUUGGAGGAACCUCUCAUAGUAUUUGGCCAGUUGUUCUGGUUCCUUAUAAUUUGCCUCCGUGGAUGUGCAUGAAGCCUCAGUAUAUGAUGUUAUCGUUACUUAUUGAUGGCCCUCAUUCUCCAGGAAUGGAUUUGGAUGUCUACCUUCAACCUUUGAUUAAAGAGUUGAAAGAGUUAUGGGAGGUUGGGGCUGAAACUUUUGAUGCAUAUUCUAAACAAAAUUUUGUGAUGCAUGCAAGUCUAUUGUGGACAAUCGGUGAUUUCCCGGUGGUGUACAAAAGGUUUCUUUGCUUGUCCUUCUUGUCAUAACAAACCCUCAUCAUGUUCUAUAAAAAGCAGGACUGCUUAUGUAAGGAAUAGACGUUUGUUGCCAUUGAAUCACAAAUGGAGAAAGUUGCGAAAUGCCUUCGAUAAAACAGUUGAAAAAGAAAUAGCCCCCCUCCCACUAUCUGGCGAUGAUGUAGUAAGGCAAUGCGACCAAUUUUCUCAAGUUCCAUUUGGCAAGGUCGGUUCAAAAAGGAAAUGGGAUGAGACAAAUAGCUUGUAUGGAUGGAGAAAGAAGAGCAUUUUUUUUCAAUUGCCAUAUUGGAGCAAAUUGAAAUUAUGUCAUAACUUGGACAUUAUGCAUAUUGAAAAGAAUAUUUCUGAAAACAUCAUUGGAACACUGAUGAAUAUAAAGGAGAUUGGAUUUGGUUAAAAUUGGUAUAAGGCAAGAACUUCAUCCCAUUGUUGAUGAAGAUAAGGUGCGCAUACCUGUGGCAUGUUAUACACUGAGAGGUCAUGAAAAAUCUGCAUUUUGUGAGAUGUUUCAAAACUUGAGGACUCCUGAUGGAUAUUGUUCAAACAUCUCUCGGUGUGUGAAAGACAAUGGAAACAAAAUUUCAUGCAUGAAAAGUCACGAUCAUCAUGUUUUUUUGGAGCAAUUACUUCCAAUAGCUGUUCGCGGACUCCUUCCAAAACACGUUUGUGAGCCAUUAAUUGAACUAAGCUUGUUCUUUAAGAACUUGUGCUCAAAAAAUUUGACAAUGAAGGAACUUGAUAAGCUUGAAAACAAAAUUCCCUACACCAUGUGCAAAUUGGAAAUGAUUUUUCCACCUUCUUUCUUUUCUGUUAUGCUACACUUAGUUGUUCAUUUGGUGGUGGCAGAAGCUAAGAUUGGUGGUCCAGUGAGAUAUCGAUGGAUGUAUCCAAUAGAGAGGUAUGUGUAUAACGCAAUUUUUGAUUUUUUUUUUCAUAAUAAUAUAUUUUUUUUUUCUGUUACAUAUUUUAUUUUCAUAUAUCAGGUACCUGCGUACAUUAAAAUCUUAUGUUCGCAAUAAAGCACGGCCAGAAGGUUCGAUUGCAAGAGGUUACUUGGCUGAUGAAUGUUUAACAUUUUGCUCUAGAUACAUGGAUGACAUGACCACAAAAUUUAGUCGCCACUCUCGAAAUGAAGAUAAGGAUGGCAAUAGUCAGGAGACUAGUAAAAGGGAUCUGGACUUAUUUAUCCCACGUGGUCGUCCUUUAGGAAAGUCAACGCCUCAUCAUCUUACUGUAGAGGAGUUUGAACAAGUCCACUUUCAUACCCUUAAUAAUUGUGAUGACCUCAUGGAACUUGCUAAGCAGCAUAGAGAGUUACUUGCUGCUGAAAAUCCAACUCCUAGAAGUAUCGAGAAAAGACAUAAAGCUCAAUUUUCUGAAUGGGUUCGCAAUCAUAUAUGGCAGGAAGAGGACAAGUUAAGCUACGAAAAUUUGGAAGCAUUGGAAAUAGAAAAACUGUAAACUUUGCUGAAGAGUCCCAACGACGCCUUCAAGAUGUAUUUGGAGAUGAUUUUGUUAUGGAUGACAUUGGAUCUAAUACAAAUAGUCCUACUAAUGAAGAAAAUCCAAAUGAAGAAAAUCCAGGUGGAGAUCAAGGUUUUUCAAACAUAGGGGGAACAAAGCGUGAAUAUGCUAGCAAUUUUAUGAGGAGACUUGAUGUUAUGUUAACUACAUACCAGGCAGCGGAUCCUACUCCUCAUGAAGAUAAUGGUAAUUGACCUAAAAAGUUGAGAACUAAGUACAUGCAUGAAAGACACGUGUUGGAUGAAGCCCAACGUAAUGAUCCUAAUAGCAGCCAAGGUAACAAUGAUACUAUGAUUUUUCUAAAUUGCUUGUUUAUGCAGCUUUGUAGCUUACUGUAUUUUAUUGUGUUUGGAGGCAUUAUUGUAGCCUCUGCUACAAGUGUUAUUAAAAAAAGAGGUCAGAGAGGCAAGUACAGAAGUUUAGCUAUUGAAAAGAAAACCAAGGGCGGUCAAUUUAAGUUGGAUAUUGAAAUACCCCCGUAUGUUCUGCAAGCUGUUGGAGAAAAUGCCCGCUUGUAGACACCCAUUUGUGUCUCCCCAAAACCAAACCCAGUGAUGAGUGCCUUUCACGUUGAAUCAUA